UUUAGUUUUAUGGUGUAUUUUCGUGGACGAAGGUUGCAUAAAUGACUAAUGUAGAGAACUACGUUAAAAAAAAAUCCUCGUAGAGGGAGGAUCGUCGGUGUCGGACGAAAUUUGACGCAUAUAUUUCAACUUUUAGAGAGGUUUAAUCAUAAAGUGACAAUAUGAGUGAGGGGACGUGUCUGCGGAGAAGGGGAGGACCCUAUAAGACUGAUCCAGCGACGGCCCUAACACGAUGGAGGUUGUCUAGCGUCGAGGGGCGACAAACAUGGAAAUAUCUGGAGGAUGAAGAGAGCGUGGAGAGGAAACAAACGAUGCUGGAGGCUCACUGCCUGGGUCUGGACACGAGGGAGUUCAUGCCAGCUUCCCCUGCUGCUCUGACAGCUAUCGAGGCUGCACUCAAAGGUAUGGAGUUUUACAGCCGUCUCCAGGCUGAGGACGGACACUGGACUGGUGACUAUGGUGGACCACUUUUUCUGCUUCCAGGCCUUCUCAUAACCUGCCAUGUUGCUAAGAUCUCUCUGCCAGAGGCCUGGAAAAAAGAAAUGGUGAGGUAUCUGCGUUCUGUGCAGCUGCCAGAUGGAGGCUGGGGACUGCAUGUUGAAGACAACUCUACUGUGUUUGGUACAGCCCUAAGUUACACGACACUGAGAAUCCUGGGAGUUUUGCCUGAUGACCCAGAUAUGGUGCGGGCAAGGAACAACUUGCACAGUAAAGGAGGCGCUGUAGGUAUACCAUCUUGGGGAAAAUUCUGGUUGGCCAUCUUGAAUGUGUACAGUUGGGAUGGAAUGAACACACUCUUUCCAGAGAUGUGGCUGUUUCCAGCUUGGAUGCCUGCACAUCCAUCCACACUGUGGUGUCACUGCAGGCAGGUGUACCUUCCAAUGAGCUACUGUUAUGCUGUUAGACUUUCUGCCCAAGAAGACUUGCUAGUGCAUAGCCUGAGACAGGAGUUGUAUGUCCAGGACUAUUCAAGUAUUAACUGGCCAGCUCAAAGGAACAACAUUGCAUCCUGUGAUAUGUACACCCCCCACAGCACCCUCCUCACUGUUGCCUACAUGAUCAUGAACAUAUAUGAGGCUCACCACAGUACUACAUUGAGAGAGAAAGCAGUCAAAGAGCUGUUUGAUCACAUUAAAGCAGACGAUCGCUUUACCAAGUGCAUUAGUAUUGGGCCGAUCUCAAAGACCAUUAACAUGUUGGUGCGCUGGUAUGUUGAUGGACCCUCAUCAGCAGUCUUCCAGGAGCAUGUAGCUAGGAUCCCAGACUACCUUUGGUUAGGUCUUGAUGGCAUGAAGAUGCAGGGAACCAAUGGAUCCCAACUAUGGGAUACUGCUUUUGCAGUACAAGCAUUUCUCGAGGCACAUGCCCAGGACCACCCCCGCUUUACACAGUGCCUGAAGAAGACCCACCAGUUCUUUAAUCUAACUCAGAUUAAAGAGAACCCUCCAGAAUAUGAGAGAUACUACAGACAAAUGAACAAGGGAGGUUUCCCCUUCAGCACACGGGACUGUGGCUGGAUCGUGGCUGACUGCACAGCGGAGGGGCUCAAGUCAGUGCUGUUACUGCAGGAGCAGUGCAGGUUCAUCACUGAGGCCAUACCUCCACAAAGGCUCUUUGAUGCGGUCGAUGUGCUUCUUAGCAUGAGAAACACUGAUGGUGGUUUUGCCACAUACGAGACCAAGCGUGGAGGAAAGCUGUUAGAGCUCCUGAACCCUUCAGAAGUGUUUGGUGAUAUCAUGAUUGACUAUACCUAUGUGGAGUGCACUUCAGCCGUGAUGCAGGCUCUACAGCAUUUCCACCAUGUUUAUCCUGAGCACAGAGCCCCAGAGAUCAGGAGUACUCUUCAGCAAGGGCUCAACUACUGUAGACGGGUGCAAAGACCUGAUGGCUCAUGGGAAGGGUCUUGGGGCGUGUGCUUUACAUAUGGAGUCUGGUUUGGACUGGAAGCGUUUGCAUGUAUGGGACAUAUUUUCCAGGAUGGGUAUGAUGGACUGGUGUGUGCUGAGGUGAGGCAGGCCUGUGACUUCCUGCUCUCUAAGCAGAUGGGAGAUGGUGGCUGGGGAGAGGAUUUUGAGUCAUGUGAACAGCGCCGCUAUGUACAGAGCAGAAACUCACAAAUACACAACACCUGCUGGGCUCUUCUGGGUCUGAUGGCUGUCAGGUACCCUGACCACAAAGUCAUAGAGCGUGGGAUACAAGUUUUGAUUGACAAGCAGCUUCCCAAUGGAGACUGGCCACAGGAGAACAUUGCUGGUGUGUUCAACAAGAGCUGUGCCAUUAGUUACACAUCCUACAGGAAUGUGUUUCCUGUUUGGACCCUGGGCCGUUUCUCACGCCUCUACCCCUUUAGCUCUCUAGCUGGGAAGGUGAAACUUUGAGGCACUCAGGGGUCAACUGUGAGGAGUUCGCAUUGCUUUAGUGUUUCAUGGCCUGCUUUAAUGCCUGAAAAGUGUUCAGUUUUCAUAAAAACUGAUUUGCUGCUAAUAUGAGAUUAGAACUGAAGUAUGUACACUGAUCUCUUAUGAUUGCAGAGAUUAUGUUCCUUGAUUUUGGUACUUUUUAUGUAAUUUUGAAUGUCUUUUUUUGCACAUGUGGAGCUUUGGUAUAAAAGAUGUUUUUGUCAUCUUAAAGACCUGUAGGGUGAGCAGCUGUCCCCGGUCAAUCAGUCAUGUUUUCCUGAAAGUGAACCUCAACCUUUAGAUGCACGCACCUCAUGUACCUGUAGUAUAUUUCUGUUGCUUAACUGAAGAAUCACAUCUGGGAAAGACAUUAUUCCACACCUCAUAUUCUCAUCAUCUACUUUUUUAGAAGUAAAGCUGCAUGGUUUUUGUGUCAAAUUGUAACGUUGAGCAGUAAGGAGGAGGACGCAUGUGCGGAGAGGAGCGAGAUUUAUUAUGGGCAAAUCCAAAAUCCAAGAGUCGUUUAGGCAGUCCAGGGUCAUAGAGCUGACACAGAGAGUAUGAGGGUACAUGACUAAACAAAAAAAACAGACACACACGAAGGCAAACGGGGAAGCAGGCUAUAACUAAGGCUAGGAAACAC